AAUUUUGUUUUAUCAAUAUAGUGGGUAACUAUAUAGAAGAUGAAGAUGCUAUUACUGCUCCUUGUUCUGGUCGCAAGUGUAUGUUCUAUACCAGAUUCCAUACCGUUUCCAAAAGAGUUUUUGUUUGGCGUAUCAACUGCAGCAUAUCAGAUAGAAGGAGGCUGGAAUCAAGAUGGAAAAGGCGAAAACGUUUGGGAUCAUCUUACGCACACAAAUCCAAAUAUCACUGUGGAUCAUUCAAAUGGUGAUGUGGCCUGUGACUCUUACAAUCGUAUUAAACAAGACAUGGAUAUUUUGAACAACUUAGAUGUAGAUCACUACAGAUUUUCGAUUUCAUGGUCACGAAUUUUACCGACAGGUUUUGAUGACAACAUUAACGAAGCGGGUGUUACCUAUUAUAAAAACUUAAUCAAAGAACUUAAAAUACUGGAUAUUAAACCUAUGGUGACUCUCUUGCAUUUUGAUCUUCCCCAGAAACUUCAAGAUAUGGGAGGGUUCCUAAACGAAUCUAUAGUCGACUGGUUUGGAAACUACGCAAGAGUUGUCUAUAGACUUUUUGGAGAUGAUGUUAAGUUAUGGAUCACAAUAAAUGAACCUAUGCAAGUAUGUUAUUAUGGUUAUGGUACAGGUUUCGUGCCACCUUUUAUUCAGUCAGAAGGUAUUUUGGAGUAUCAGUGUAUACGCAACCUUCUUAAAGCUCAUGCUAGAGCUUACCAUAUCUACGAUGAAGAGUUUAGAAGUAAACAACAAGGAAAACUAUCUAUGUCCUUUAACGCUAAUGCCCUUCUACCUGGAAGUGACGAUAUAAAAGAUAUUGAAGCUGCUGAUAGAGCUCAGCAAUUUGCAAUUGGAGUAUAUACUCACCCGGUUUUCAUUGGAGACUGGCCAGAAAUAGUAAAAACCCGAGUAGCCAUCCGUAGUAAAUUGGAAGGAAGAACUGAAUCCCGUCUUCCAGCAUUCACACCUGAAGAAAUUGACUAUAUUCAUGGAACCGCCGAUUUCUUUGGACUUAAUACUUACACUGCCGAGUUGGUGCUUGAUCUAGGCGAAGAACCUCCGCUAGGAGAUCAUCCCACCAGAGAUCAUGAUGCGUUAAUAAAUACUUUCCAAUCUAGUGAAUGGGAAAAUACGACUGUUUCCGCUGUAAAGGUUGUUCCACAGAGUAUAAGACCUUUGUUAAAGUGGAUUAAAGACCAAUACAAUAAUCCGGGAGUGUUUAUUACAGAAAAUGGAUAUCCAUCCGCAGCAGGAGAUAUGUAUUUGGAUGAUGACCGAAGAAUACACUACAUCCAGUCAUAUUUGAAAUAUAUAAGAGAAACAAUGGUAGAUGAUGAUGUUUCUGUACUAGGAUAUACAGCUUGGAGUCUUAUGGAUAAUAUGGAAUGGAUUAUGGGCUACACUAUAAAGUAUGGUUUAUAUGAUGUCAAUUUCACUAGUCCAGAUUUAACAAGAACCGCAAGACCAUCAGCUCAAUACUAUAAGGAGGUUAUUUUAACUAGAUGUGCUACUAUCGUUGGCUGCUUUGAUGAUUAACUUCUAAAUGAUCUAAUAUAACUGCUUUUAUUAAUAUAUUAAAUAAAAUUUAAUAAGGUUUUUAUUAUCUUUGUAUUAAAUGUAAGUUUACAUU